AUCUUGGCGGGUUGACGGCGGAGAUUUAUGUCGGCGGGUAUGGUACAGGGGUAUGAAGUGCGAGACCCAAGUCUGCUGGAAAGGCUAACGAAGUGUUGGCUCACCGGAGUCACCUAACCUCACAUAACCCAGCACAACGGGACAUAACCCUGGAUAUGCAGGACUCAUCGUGCCACGAUGAGCUGCGACCCGGCCCGAUGCUCGGGCAAAUCGUGAUCCGCCCCAAACUUAAAAGACCCCCCUGAGACCAGUGGAGCCCGACCGAUCAGCGCUAAACAACCCUGGCCAGCGCCCCUCCCCGACGUUAUAUUCUAUCACCACGCCAGAAACCCUCCCCCCCCUCCUGAAUUUCGUUCCCACCACCAUGGAGAAAGUCACCCUUCGAGCCGAGGCCCUGCUCGGCCGUCUCCUCCGCAACCAACGAGGUCGCGACGCGAAGCUUCUCACCCGGGUCAGUCCAGCCCUUCAAACCCUACCACCCACCAUCACCAUUACUUCCUCCGUGGGGUCAUCGCCCGCGCCGCUACCAAAGGAAUUCACCCCGUUUGGCGAGAACCGUUUCCCGCCGCUGUCUUGGACCCUCCCCAGCGACAUUGCCGCCGACCAAAUCCACAGCUACGUGCUGAUCGUGGAGGAUCCGGAUGCGCCGCUGCCUAGCCCCGUCGUGCACGGGGUGUAUUACGGGAUCUCCGCGGACAAGACCGCCAUAUCAUCAGACGAUGUGGUCCUCGCGGACGCGCCCACCCGGACCCUGCAGGGUGGGUUUCAGUAUGGGGUGAACUUGCGCCAGACUGUGUGGAGUGGGCCGCGGCCGGUCCUGGCACACGGUCCGCAUCGGUAUUUCUUUCAACUGGUGGCGUUGGGACCACCGUUGGCAGUGGGGGAGAAGCCCCUAGGCAAAGGGGAGUUGUUGGAGGCGUUGGGGAAGAGUACGGUGGUGGCGUGGGGGGAGUGGGUGGGCACGUAUGUGCGGGAUCCUUAGCUUGCUGCUUCGUAUGUGCUUGUGCUGGUGGCUGUUAGUGGUUGGAUACCCUGAGUGUAAUGAGGGAUGGGGUUGUGC